AUGGCUGUUGCAGUCGGCGUCAGAGCAGCUCCAGUGCCGGGGUUAGCACGGGCUCUGGUUCUGGGACUGAGGGGCAGUCAAGCAGCAAGAUGGAGGGGGUGGGGAACUGCAGCUCCCGGCAGCCUCUGGGCUUUGUGUGAGUGCCCCGCGGGCUGCCGGGAGCUGUGGUUCCGCGGGCGGGCAGCCUGGGCUGCGCGGUCUGAGCGCUUGUUACACCCCGCGCAGGAUUCGGACGGAGAGCGCGAGGACUCGGCGGCUGCGCGCGCCCGACAGCAGCUAGAGGCGCUGCUCAACAAGACUAUGCGCAUUCGCAUGACAGAUGGACGGACACUGGUCGGCUGCUUCCUCUGCACUGACCGUGACUGCAAUGUCAUCCUGGGCUCGGCGCAGGAGUUCCUCAAGGCGUCGGAUUCCUUCUCUGCCGGGGAGCCCCGUGUGCUGGGCCUGGCCAUGGUACCCGGACACCACAUCGUUUCCAUUGAGGUGCAGAGGGAGAGUCUGACCGGGCCUCCGUAUCUCUGACCACGAUGGCGCUUACCUUUCAGACUUCAUUAAACUUAUGAUCGAA